CCGCGGGCAGAUACGCGCAGGCGCAACCCGGGCUUCAUCAAGGCGGCGAGCGCGCGGCCGGCCGGGCUCCACGAUGGUGCUGGAGGCGGCGGACCAGGCUGCGGUGCGCGCGCUGUGGCUGAAGCUGGGUAGCAACGUCGGCGUCUACACGACCGAGGCCCUGGAGAGGACCUUCUUGGCCUUCCCUUCCACCAAGACCUACUUCCUCCACCUGGACCUGAGCCCCGGCUCCGCCUAGGUCAGAGCGCACGGCCAGAAAGUGGCCGACGCGCUGACCCUCGCCGUGGACCACCUGGACGACCUGCCCGGCGCCCUGUCGGCUCUGCGCGAGCUGCACACGCACAAGCUGCGCGUGGACCCCGUCAAGUUCAAGCUGCUGGUCCACUGCCUGCUGGUGACCCUCGCCCGGCACUACCCCGGAGACUUCAGCCCCUCCCUGCAGGCCUCGCUGGACAAGUUUCUGAGCCACGUGAUCUCGGCGCUGGUCCCCAACUGUCACUGAAUUGGGAGGGUGGUCGCGUGGGGCUCGUAUUUGAGUAAAGUCCGCGGACAAAGCCUCACGUGCGCACGUGUUCUCUCUAGGGGAGUGCGCCCUGGGCCUGACGAGGGGCGGGGGCGCCCCUCCCAAAGGAAGUAGGGGUCUGAGGAAGCCCGAGUCUCACUCCCAAUUGUCAGAUCCCAGCGCGGACGCCCCCCGAACCCCGGCAGCCUGAGGCAAGUCUGGACAGCGGGUCCCAAAUCCCAAGUGGUAAACCCCGACUCGCCAUGCCCUUGGGCGCGGCCACUUAGCGGUGCAGACCCGGGGCUUCGGCCGCUCGGGAAGGGGUGGCAGGUGGCGGUCAUAGGCACAAGCUGGCGAGGCCGGACCCUUCUCCGGACUGCCCACUUCGGACACCUCAGAUCCACCUAGAACCGCGCGGCACAGCCUGGGAGAAAAUUAGAGACCGGCGCCCCUGCCGGCGCGGACCGGAACUCCGCCUCCGGAACGUGCUAGGGACUUUGGGUAACCGGUAGGCUUGGGGUCAAAGGCGCCUUUGCCAGACUCUGGACCUGGUGGAAGGAGGUGGCUCCUGCAGCGGACAGGGCGGACCAGGGAGCCGUCAGAGAGCCCUGCCCACAUGCCACACUUCUCAGGAGGCAGACCUCAGAGCGCCUUCCUUUAAAAAAUUCGGAGAACAACUCCACUUGCUGCACCUGCCUGUGUAUCCCAGUGGGCCCAGCACAUCCAUUAUUCCUUCACUCCCCACUUGAUACAUGGGGAAACUGUGUGAACAAAUGGAGGGCAUGGAGUCCCAUCCAAGAAUACAUGUGUGACAUGCACAGACAGGAGUCCCCUCUUAUCCUGAGGGAUAUAUUCCAAGACCCCCAGUGGAUGCCUGAAACCUCAGUACCGAACCUGAAGCAUGCUAUGCUUUUUCCCAUAUGUACACACCUACAAUAAAUUUAAUUUAUAAUUAGGUACAGUAAGAGAGUAACAGCAAUAACUAAUAAGACGAUAACAAUGUACUGUAAUAAAAGCUAUGUGAAUGUGGUCUCUCUUUCAAAAUAUCUUGCUGUGCAAAUUUGAUACCUUUUCCAUCUCAAUACCAGAGCAGUUACCACGCACUGUGGCUGUAACUUUUGCAGUUUGAAGUGAGACAGCAAAACAGCAUGAAUUUUUUUCCUUC